UAAUGGUUAUCUUGUCAUUACAUUACUAUUAUUUUUAGUUCGAUGUCCAAUUUGAAGUGUUUUUAGUGUGAAUUGGUAUAAAAGUUACCAAUUUCAUAUUAAUGGCUUCAUAUAUUUGUAUGUAACAAAUAGGAAUUGGAUAGUUUAUUGUAUAAUAUUCAAUAACUAGUUUCCACAAUGACGGACCGAUGCAUAGCAAGUCGGCCAAGUGUUGACCAAGUGUUGGCUAUUGUUGAUUUCAUGGAGAAGCAUCCAGCUCUGGCUCUUGGACAAUUACGAGGACUGGAGGGGAGGGAUGAGAGUAAGAAACUGUGGUUUCAACUCACAAGGACUGUUAAUAAUAUCACAGGCCCUAUUAGGCCUAUGAAAUCUUGGAUCAAAUAUUGGGCAGAUAAGAAGUCUACAGUGAGAUCAAAAGUGAUGUCAGUGGGUGGUGAUCCCAAUAGUCUCUGCUCCAAUGUUGAAAAAAAGAUAUGGGAUCUGUUUUUAUCAAGCGAUGUUACAAAGCCUCGAAACUCUGUAAAGCAAGAGUCUCACUAUAUAGAAGAGACUAAUUUUAAUGAAGAUAGCAUGGAUGAAACCAAUGUGGAAUCUGAUCCUGUGCUGACUUUCGAAGAACCUAUUGCUGAUGUUCAUGAAAGACAUAUUGUUAUUAUGGAGAAACUGUUGACGGUGAUGAGCUCGCAGGCGACUGCGCUGGCGCAGCUCGGUCAAGCGUCAGCGGUUAGUUCACAGGCCAUGGAGCGGCUAGCGGAAGCAUCCCAUAUACAGGCGCGAGCUAUAGACCGGCUUGCGACGACGUUCGAGAGCAUCGGCGCCGCGACGCACCAAGUAAGCAACGCGAUGGUCGAUAUCGACGCCACUGUGAAGCGUUGUUAUGCCACUUCGCCCACGUAGCAUAGCUUCCUAUGAAGUGGCCGCACUCCGGUAUACCAGACUUACUGUUCUCGACUUCUGUGUACGGGUGUGAUCGCGUCUGCCCGCAGGUGAUCGCGUGCGAUCGCGUGGGUUCGCACACGUUCGCGUACUGUCGCGUUCCUGAGUGUUAUAAGAUUUUAUACCACAAGACUGUGAAUAUAUUACUUGUCAAAGUUCAAAAUAUACUAGAAUAGGAGACAUAUUAGUGAUACGGUAAUAAGUGCUGUUAUUUUGAACGGAACUUAUGCUCAAUGUGAAUUAU